AUGGUCGUCCUUCUUCCUGCGCUGGCGUCGUUACUUUUUGCCUCGGAUGCAGUCGCCAGACCAGCUCCGGCAAAGCAAGGUAUUCGAGCCCCUGCACACCGAUAUAUCCCCAGCAACAACAUAGUCUCGCGGGAUACUGGUGCAGUAUAUCACAUCUGGAAUGGCGGCGGGUGGAUCCUGCCUGUGCUGGUUGGGGGCCAACAAGUCUUCCUGAACAUCGACACUGGCUCCUCUGACCUAUGGACAGCAAGCACUCUGAUGCCUGAGGACCAGCAGAUUACCGUGACUCGGGGAUCCGUAUACAACCCUAACAACAGCUCAACGUCACGAGAAGUUGAGGGGUACAGUUUUGGCCUGGCCUAUGCAGAUGGCUCCGGGGCUUCUGGACCUAUGUACAGGGAUACCGUCAACAUCGGCGGUGCUAUUGUACCCGACUUUGCUCUCGGAGUCUGCGAUGAUCUGCGAUACGGCGAGGGCAGCGACGGCACUCGCGACACCGCUGGACCAGUUGGUUUAGGCUUCGGAAAACUCAACUCGAUUCGGCCCAACCCACAAUGCACUUUCAUGGAAUGUCUGGAGCCGUAUGUCCCAGAGCCCAUCUUCGGCACGGCAUUCAAGCUCAACAACACCGGCUUCAUCAACUUCGGCUAUUCCGACCCAGAGGCGUACACCGGCCCUUUCACGGAAGUUCCCGUCGCCAAUACUAGCUCCGGCAACGAAGGCCAGUGGAUGAGUCUCGGUGUCAGCUUCGGAUCUGGCGGUGAUCUUUUCGACGCCGACCCUCUUGACAUGGACUUCGACUCUGGCACCGCCUCCUUAUCCGUCUCGUCAGACAUAGCUGCCGCCUAUUGGGCCCUUGUUGAGGGCGCUGACGACUCCUCCGGAUCCUGGGAGUACCCGUGCGGCACUGAGCUUCCUGAUCUCGACUUUGUCUUCUCUAAUGUCACCCGUGGUCCCUCCACUGUGACCAUCCCUGGCCAGAACCUCAAGAACGGCGACGGUACCACCGGUAUGUGUGGCACCUGGAUGAAUGUCGUUGAUGGGCGUGGAAAUGCUGGUGUCCCGUUCUACAUCAGCAAGGAGAGCUUUGAUAACAUCUACCUUGACCUCUCAAAGCAGUCCGGCAAGUGCAAGCUUGCAGAGACCGGCUUAGGUUGGCGACCUGCUGGCGGCGGCGACACCUUCACACUCGAUAGCAGCAACAUCGGCGCGGCUCAAUGGAGCAAGGCGGCGAAGGGGUUUGAGCUGAAGAUCCUAUCGCGCUCUUCAGGCGUCAUUCAGCUCGACGGAUUUGACCAAGAGGACUUCGAGCGACUGAGCAAGGCAUUCAAAAUUUGGUACGGAAUCAACGUGGAAACAAGGGAACACGCACUUCGAGGAUGGAACUGGGGUAAAGCAGAAUUCACCAAGGCCGAGCUCGCCUUCAAUGUUCAGAACCGUCCCGCAUUCGAAGUCCCCUACUCCGAAAUUUCGAACACAAACCUUGCUGGUAAAAAUGAGGUCGCCGUCGAACUCUCCCUCUCCGUUGACCCCAAUGAUUCGAAACCCGCCGGAAGCACAAAGAACCGCGGUCGGAAAGCGGCGGCCGGCCCCGAUGAACUGGUCGAGAUGCGUUUCUAUAUCCCCGGAACGGCGGUCAAGACGGAGAAUGGCAUCAAGGAGGAGAAUGCGGACGAGAAGGACGGAGAGGAAGGUGGGGAAAACGGCGAAGAACAGAACGCCGCCAACCUGUUCUACGAGCUACUUAUGGAGAAGGCAGAGAUUGGAGAUGUUGCUGGCGAUACCUUUGCGACCUUUUUGGAUGUCCUUCAUCUCACGCCCAGAGGUCGGUUCGACAUCGAUAUGUACGAGUCCUCCUUCCGGUUGCGCGGAAAGACAUACGACUACAAGAUUCAAUAUUCCUCCAUCAAGAAAUUCUUCCUGCUCCCAAAGAACGACGACACCCAUACUCUUAUUGUUCUCGGCCUCGAACCUCCCCUCCGUCAAGGCCAGACCCGUUACCCUUUCUUGGUGAUGCAGUUGAAGUUGGAUGAAGAGAUUAGCCUCGAGCUUAACAUGACGGAUGAACUUCUCGAGUCCCGCUACAAGGACAAGCUCGAGUCCCGCUACGAAGAGCCCAUCCACCAAGUCGUUACAAAGGUUUUCCGUGGUCUGUCAGGAAAAAAGGUUAUCAUGCCAUCGAAGGACUUUGUCAGCCACCACGGACACAGUGGAGUGAAGUGCUCAAUCAAGGCCAACGAGGGUCUCUUAUACUUCUUGGAUAAGAGUUUGAUCUUCGUUCCCAAGCCUGCUACCUACAUUCAAAUGGAGAACGUCGCCGUCGUCACUAUGUCCCGUGUUGGCGGCGCCAUCUCAGCCAGCCGAACAUUUGAUAUCACCGUCAGCCUGAAGGCCGGCAUGGGCGAGCACCAGUUCAGCAAUAUCAACCGCGAGGAACAACAACCCCUCGAAGAAUUCUUCAAGGCCAAGAACAUCCGCAUUAAGAAUGAGAUGUCGGACGACACAAACGCCCUGAUGGCCGCAGCCCUAGACAACGACAUGAUGUCCUCAGACGACGAAGCCGGCGCUCGCCCCGACCGCGGCUCCGCAGACGAAGACGAAGAGUCCGUCGACGAGGACUUCCACGCCGACUCGGACUCCGACGUCGCGGAGGAGUACGACUCCGCGCACGAGAGCAGCGGGAGCGGAAGUGAUGCGGAAAUGGACGAUGCCUCUGAUGCGGGCGGCGACGAGGAUGGGGAUGGUGAUGCCGAUAUGUCCGAGGAGGAGCGGCCGAAGAAGAAGUCGAAGACUGGGAAAUAG